AUGACUUUAUCGACGCUGUAUUCCAUUGCUAUAGGUACAACUAAUUCAACUAUCCGCGAGGGUGUCUGUAGCUCUAGUCAUGAAACUUAUGUUAUCAAUGGUUCAUCUAUAUUGGGAAAAUAUUCUCGAGCAGCUGUAGCUGUCGAUAGUGCUGAAUGCUCAAAAAUUGGUCGUGUCAUCUUGGAAAAAAAUGGUACGACAAUGGAUGCUGCUUUAGCUGCAGCUAUUUGCGAUGGUGUUAUGAAUGCACAUUCGAUGGGUAUUGGUGGUGGAUGUGUUAUAACAAUUUACUCAAAGAAAAACAACACGGCCUAUAGUAUUAUUGGAAGAGAAAAAGCACCAUUAGCUGCUAAUUCCACAAUGUUUGUUGGCCGAGAAAAUAUGUCGGUAACUGGAGGAUUAGCCAUUGGUGUACCAGGUGACUUGCGAGCUUAUGAAAAAGCCUAUCAACUAUUUGGCGGAGGUGUAACAUGGAAAGAACUAUUUGAACCCACGAUUCAAUUAUGCCGAGAAGGUUUCCGUAUUAGUGAAUCCCAAGGUGCAGCUAUUAAACAAACAACACGUGUUAUUCUUGAUGAUCCUGCAUUGAGACAACUGUUUGUAAAAAAUUCGACUACAAACGAAUUAUAUGGCGCUGGAGAUAUAAUGCGACGACCAAAAUUAGCUCGUACACUUGAAAUAGUAGCUAAUCAAGGUGCUGACGCUUUUUAUACUGGUGAAUUAUCUGAUAAAAUUGUGAAAGAAAUUCAAGAUCGAGGUGGUAUCAUAACAAAACAAGAUCUUGCACAGUUCAAUGUUGAUUUUCAAGAAGCAUUAAGUAUUGAUAUUAAUAAUACAUAUACUGCAUAUACAACACAUGCACCAACCAGCGGUCCCAUUCUAACUUUUAUUUUAAAUAUUCUUCAAGGUUUUCAAAGCGAUCAAGGCAAUUUCAAAACAUCGAAUCCAUCUGCUCUCUUUUAUCAUCGUCUUAUUGAAGCGUUUAAAUUUGCUUAUGCGAAAAGAAGUGAAAUCGGUGAUCCAUCCAAGAUAAACAUUACUGAACUUAUUCGUAAUUUAACAUCAAAAGAUUAUGCGGAUGAUAUACGAUCACGAAUUCGUGAUAAUACAACAUUUGGUUAUCAAUAUUACGGUGGAACAUGGGAAGAUAGAAUAAGAACUGGUACAGCUCAUUUAUCUGUCGUGGGACUUGAUGGAGAUGCUGUUGCAUUAACAUCAACUGUUAAUCUCUACUUCGGUUCAAAAGUUCUAGGCCCUGAAACAGAUAUCAUUUACAACGAUCAGAUGGAUGACUUUUCGACUCCAAAUACAAUAAAUUCAUUUGGUGUUCCAGCGAGUCCAGCGAAUUUUAUAGCACCUGGAAAACGACCUGUUUCAUCUAUGGCUCCGUUAGUUGUAAUAGAAAAACAAAGUCAACGUAUUCAGCAAGCACUAGGUGCUAGCGGUGGUACAAGGAUAACAACAUCUAUAGCGCAAGUUUCUAUGCUUAAUCUAUGGUUCAAUCAAAAUAUAAAGCAAGCUAUUGAUGCACCUCGUCUUCAUUCACAGCUAUUACCACAAGAAGUUAUUGCUGAAAGUGGAUUUGAUCCUGAAAUAUUACAAAACUUGAAAAACCGUGGUCAUAAUGUUACAUGCGGUUCUUUUGGAGGUUCUGUUAUACAAGGUAUUGAAUGGCGUGAUGAAGUUAAUGAAUAUUGGGCUAAUUGUGAUAUACGUAAAGGUGGUGCUCCUGAUGGAUUAUCUUAA